AAAACAAUAAUUCAGGAAUCGGACACAAAAGGGUAUUCCACUAACUUCAGUCUUUUUCUGUUUAAAUACAAGACUUCCCCAGUUCUUGCUUUGCAGUGCAAAUCAAGAAAAGAAAAAAAUGGGUAUCAAUCGUCUCCUUCGAUCAAGUCUCAGAACACAGCUUGGUUCAUAUAUGAAAAAUGUUACUGCUACUAGAGUUCUACAGGAUCAUACUCUUAAGGUUUCUGUAAUUGCCAGACAUCAUAGCACAGAAGCACAGAAGGAAGAUUCAGUGACUAAUCUGAAUGAUAGUCAAGGGUUUAAGGGGCAUGAUAUGCUCGCACCUUUCACAGCUGGGUGGCAGACUAAUGACUUGCAUCCUUUGGUUAUAGAAAAAUCUGAGGGUUCCUAUGUUUACGAUUGCAAUGGGAAAAAGUAUCUUGAUGCCCUUGCUGGUCUUUGGUGCACAGCAUUAGGUGGAAAUGAACCUCGACUUGUGGCUGCGGCAACCUCACAACUGAACACCUUGCCAUUUUACCACUCCUUUUGGAAUCGUACCACAAAACCUUCUCUGGAUCUAGCAAAGGAUCUUUUAGAAAGUUUUACUGCCAGCAAGAUGGCGAAAGCAUUUUUUACAAAUAGUGGUUCAGAAGCCAAUGACACACAGGUGAAGCUGGUCUGGUACUAUAAUAAUGCACUUGGACGACCUAAUAAAAAGAAAUUUAUAGCUCGAGCAAAAUCUUACCAUGGUUCAACAUUGAUAUCUGCCAGUCUUUCUGGGCUCCCAGCUUUGCAUCAAAAUUUUGAUUUGCCAGCGCCAUUUGUACUGCACACAGACUGCCCUCAUUACUGGCGUUUUCAUCUUCCAGGUGAGACAGAGGAGGAGUUCUCCACCAGAUUGGCCAAUAAUUUAGAGAAUCUUAUCCUCAAAGAGGGACCAGAGACGAUUGCUGCAUUCAUUGCCGAACCUGUCAUGGGGGCAGGAGGUGUCAUACCUCCCCCUGCAGCUUAUUUUGAUAAGAUUCAACCUAUAUUGAAGAAAUAUGACAUACUUUUUAUUGCGGAUGAGGUAAUCUGUGCAUUUGGAAGGCUUGGGACAAUGUAUGGGUGUGACAAAUACAACAUAAAACCAGACCUUGUGUCCAUGGCUAAGGCGCUUUCUUCUGGGUAUUUACCCAUUGGAGCUGUUCUUGUGAGCCCUGAAAUUACAGAGGUUAUAUACUCCCAAAGCAAUAAGCUUGGUACAUUUUCUCAUGGAUUUACUUAUUCGGGGCAUCCUGUAUCCUGUGCAGUUGCAAUUGAAGCACUAAAGAUCUACAAGGAAAGAAAUAUUGUGGAACAAGUAAAGAGCAUUUCACCUAGGUUUCAAGAUGGUUUAAAAGCCUUUGCUGACAGUCCCAUUAUAGGGGAGAUACGUGGUACCGGCUUGAUCCUUGGUACGGAAUUUUCAGAUAACAAGUCACCUAAUGAUCCAUUUCCUCCAGAAUGGGGAGUAGGUGCGUACUUUGGAACUCAAUGUGAAAAACAUGGCAUGUUAGUACGUGUUUCAGGUGAUAACAUUAUGAUGUCUCCACCAUUUAUAAUAUCUCCAGAAGAAGUUGACGAGUUAAUAAACAUCUAUGGAAAAGCUCUGAAAGCAACAGAAGAGAGGGUGAAGGAACUCAAAGGUCAGAAGUAGCUGCUGCCAUUAUUAUUGGCUGUUGAUGAUUACGAAAAAUGUUUUGGCUCUUGCAAACAAAAGCUAUUCAUUACUGGGCCUUAUGUGAAAAAAAAAACAGAUAUUGUAAACCAUGUUUUGUUUCAAUAAUAAUGUUGAUUUCAGAUAUAUAUAUAUAUAUUAUAUAUCUAUAUUUUUUUUAA